CUAGUUUUUCCGACUUAACCUACAAAUUGCGUUAACCUCACGUUGUAGUAAACAACAUGGUUUCAAUAGAAAAUAAUAACAAAAAGAAGAGUAAAAAAUCAAAGAAAAUCAAAACUAUUUCUUUCGACGAAGAAACUGUAACGAAAGAGCAUGCAGAAAAGUUAUUAGGGGAUCAGCAGAAAGUAGAAAAUAAAAAGGACAAUAAACCAAAGCAAAAAAAUGGAAAUAAGCCAGUUAAAGGACAACAAUCUAGGGGACAAAAGAAAAAUAAACAAAAAGACGGAGCUAGCACAGACGUGAAUUCUUCAAUUAAAGAACAGAGUGAAAGCACAAGUCAGGAAAAGAAGCCUCCAAAACGAAAAAAGAAUAAGCAAAACCCAAAUGUAGAUGCAGUGCCUCAGAAAAAACAAAAAACAGAGGAGAAACAUGAAACUGAUGAAGGUGAAGGUGAAGAUGAAGAUGAAGAAGAAAUUCUGGACACUGAUGGUAAAACCACAAUUGAAAAACCUGAAUCAAUCAGAGCAAUGAAAAGGAGGAAACAUGAAAAUUUGUUAAAGGAGAAAAAACUAAAACAUGAACUAGAUAUGCAACAGAAGUCUUUAAAUUAUUUAUCAAAAUGGAAACACAGCAGGACUGAAUGGAAGUUUGAAAAACUGAGACAAAUUUGGCUGCAACAAAACAUGUAUGAUACUGCCAAAGUGCCAGAUCAGUUUUGGGGCACACUUGUAGAGUAUUUAUCUGGUUCUAAAGGACAGAUCAGAAAAGUUUUAAUUAAAGAAGCUUUGGGUGUUAUUGAGAAAAAAGAAGCAAAGAAGAAUGAAGAGGAAAAUAAUGAUGCUGAGGAGGAGUCAGAAGAGAAAAUUGAUGAUGCUAAUAUUAUAAAACGAGCUAGAGACGUUAUACAGAACUUAGAAGAAUAAUUUUAACUGUUGUAAAUAUAUUCUUUUAAUAUU